AUGGUUAGGACACGAGAAAAUUUAUCUAGACGUGGUUCAAAUGAUGCACCCGAGACUUCCAGACAGGGUGGUGCACGGAAGAGACCGACAGCUUUGGCUCGUAGAAGGGGUCAGCAUGAGACUAAUGUUGUUGAGGAUGAUAUUGUUGAGAAUGAGGUUUCCGACGUUCCUCAGGAGGACGAGCAGGGGAUUGAUAACGAUGGUGGAGGAUUUCUUGGUGGUCCAUAUGAUACAUCUUUAUUGGCCCGGUACGAGGAUCAUGUUGCACGCAUGAUAUGGGAUGGUCAGGAUCGAGCUGUGAAAGUGGUCUCCCAUAUUAAAAAGGUGAAGAAAUUAGGACGUCCUCACCCUUCUGUUGCACCUUUUGUGUUAGCUUCUGGAUUAUCGCCUUUGUGCGAUAUUUUAUAUGAAUAUAUCGAUCUUGGUUUAGUAUUGGGUUUCGUGGAGAGAUGGCAUCCCGAGACUAAUACUUUUCAUCUACCCAUUGGUGAGAUGACCAUCACUUUGGAUGACGUAUGGUCACUUCUCCAUCUUUCCAUCAGUGGAAACUUUUGCUCUACUAAAAAUCUUGAAUAUGAAGAUUCUGUUGAGAUUUUGACGACACUUCUUGGUGUUGACCGGGCCAUGGCUUGUGUGGAGCUGAAUCAAAGUCGGGGUGCACAGGUCCGACUUAGCUGGUUGAGAGAGUGGUAUGACAACUAUUGUGAAAACGAGCUAUGGGAGUUUGUUGCACGUGCAUAUCUUUUGCACCUUGUAGGGUGCACGAUAUUUGCUAACAAAAGCACCACCUAUGUUCGUACACAUUAUCUCGAAUUAUUUAGAGAUCUCUCCACAUGUCGUAGAUAUGGUUGGAGAGUUGCUGCUCUUGUCCACUUAUAUGAGCAGCUAGGAGAUGCCAUCUUUGCUUGGAUAUACGAGCACUUCCCUACAUUGGGAAGGAAGCAAGUACGGGAUACAUAUGUGGAGACCGAACCCCGUGCUCUACGUUAUGUCACUGGACGCGCCAUUUCCGCUAUAGCUGAUGUUAGAGUCCAGUUGGAUGGCUUGACAUAUGAUGGGAUGAUUUGGAACCCAUAUGUAGCACAUAGAGCUGCUCGAAAACUUGUAACACAUGGCAUGUUUUAUGGCUUCCUGAGGGUUGGUACCCUCGUACACCGUCAUCUUCCCGAGCGUGUGUUGCGACAAUUUGGCUUCAUGUAG